AUGGCGUCUCGCGAACCCAAUUUCAAGCGCGAGGACGAGGACGACGUCGACGAGGAAGUGGACGACCUGAGCUACAAAUCGCAAAAGGAUGCCAUCAUCUUUGCCAUUGACGUCAGCACGUCGAUGCUGGAGCGGCCGCCACCCAGCAAGUCACGCAAGGCAGACCAGGACAGCGCAGUCUCGGCGGCGUUGCGAUGCGCGUACCAAAUCAUGCAGCAGCGCAUCAUUACACAGCCCAAAGACAUGAUGGGCAUUCUGUUGUUUGGCACGGAAAAGUCCAAGUUCCGGGAGGCGGCCGGCGACGGCGAUGGCGACGACGACAAGCACAUCGACCGUGAAGACGGCAGCAAAGAAACGCAAGGGGGCGGCUUGGCCAAUAUCCGCCACCGCGGGCCAGGCUACCCACACUGCUAUCUGUUCAUGGACCUGGACGUGCCGGCGGCCGAGGACGUGAAGGCGCUCAAGGAGCUGGUCGAAGAGGGCGAGGACCCGGACGAGGUGCUGACUCCGGCGCCGGCGUCUCAGCGCGUGGCCAUGUCGAAUGUGCUGUUUUGCGCGAACCAGGUAUUUACGACCAACGCGGCCAACUUUGGGUCGCGGCGACUGUUUAUCAUUACGGACAACGACGACCCGCACGCGGGCGACAAGGCGGCGCGGUCGGCGGCGGCGGUGCGCGCCAAGGACCUGUACGACCUGGGCGUCGUGAUUGAGCUGUUCCCCAUCAGCCGCGCGGGCCAGCCCGCGUUUGACCUGAACAAGUUCUACGACGACAUUAUCUACCGCGACGCAGCAGACCAGGACGCCCUGGACGGCGGCGGACACAGCCACGACAGCAGCAGCAGCAGCAACGUGGCCAAGGCGUCCGACCGGGUCUCGACGUCGCGGUCGGGCGACGGCCUGACGCUGCUGGCAUCGCUCGUGUCCAACAUCAGCGCCAAACAGACACCCAAGCGGUCGUACUUUUCGAAUCUGACCUUUGAGGUCGCGCCGGGGCUCAACAUUUCCGUCAAGGGCUACAUUCUGCUGAAUCGCCAAAAACCAGCGCGCACGUGCUACGUGUGGCUCGGCGGCGAGCACGCGCAGAUCGCCACGGGCCAGACGACGCGGAUUGACGCCGAGUCGGCGCGCACGGUCGAGGCGGGCGAGACCAAGAAAGCGUACAAGUUUGGCGGCGAGUACGUGUACUUUGCGCCGGACGAGCUCAAGGCACUCAAGGAGUGGCCGUUCCCGGACGGGUGGAAGGGCAAAGGCCUGCGCAUCAUCGGCUUCAAGCCGAGCGUGCUGAUCCCGCCGUGGGCGUCGGUCAAGCGGUCGACAUUCAUCUACCCGAGCGAGGAGGACUACGUGGGCUCGACGCGCGUGUUCGCAGCGCUGUGGCAGAAGCUGCGGCGGUCGGGCAAGGUGGCUAUUGCGUGGUUUGUGCCACGCGUCAACGCGAACCCGCUGCUCGUGGCCAUUAUGCCGUCGGGCGGUGGGAGCCGUGCCGAUGGCGAGCAGGGCGAGGGUGAAAGCGGCGGCAACGACGACAACGACGACAACGACAACAGCAGGGAGCCUGCCAACCCCAUGCAGCUGCCGGCCGGUCUCUGGCUGUACCCGCUGCCGUUUGCCGAGGACAUUCGGCGCGUCGACGACGGCGGCCCGCCGUUGCCGACGUGCGACCGGAUCACCGACCUUAUGAAGCCCGUGAUUGAGAACUUGUUUUUGCCCAAAACGGCCUACAACCCGGCCAAGUAUCCGAACCCGUCGCUGCAGUGGCACUACAAGAUUCUGCAGACGAUGGCGCUCGAGGAAGAAGUGCCCGAGCACGGCGAGGACCUGACGCUGCCCAAGUACAAGGCGAUUGCCAAGCGCGUCGGCGGCAGCCUGGCCGAGCUCAAGGGCGUCAUCGACGAAGAGGCGCGGGCGCUGACGUCGAAGCGGGCUGUGAAACGCGGCGGCGACAGCGACGACGACGAGGGUGGAGACGCAAAGGGCAAGCCGCUGGCAAAACGGCCCAAGAAAGCGGCGGCGGCGGCUGGGGCGUCGGCGACUGGCGGUGCCGGCAAGAUGACGGCCAAGGACCUGCGCAACGCCGUGAACAACGACAAGCUGCAGUCGAUGCAGGUGGCCGUGCUCAAGGAGAUUCUAGCUGCGCGGGACCAGCCGACGUCGGGCAGAAAGGCCGAUCUUAUAGAGCGGAUCGAGCAGUGGGUGGAGGCCAAUUUGUAG